CUUGUGUUGCAUUUAGACGGAGGCAAAGAUCUGUUCAUAACAGUGACGGGCAGUUAUGAGAGGAGUUGCUUCGGUUGCGCUAUUGAGACAUUGGUUCGACUCAAGUGUCCACUCAAUCAGGUCUCUAAAGAUGUGCUAAAAAGGUUGGAACAAAGACAAUAUGGCGACGAUAUGCCACCCGUUUGGGACAUACCUAAAGAGUUGUGGAUUCUUGUGGACCAACUGUACAAAUACGGAAUGUUAACCAAUGAAUUAUUCCAACACUCGGGCCUUAACACAGAGUUUGUGGUCAUCCGUAACGCAUUGGACACAGGAUUUGUUGACAAAAUCAAUGUCGGCGUCCAUUCGUUAGCCGAGAGUCUGAUUUUGUUUUUGGAAGCGCUGUCAGAGCCGGUCAUACCCUUUGCUUUUUACGACCGAUCCAUCGAAAGUAGCAAUAAUUUUCAAAACUCAAAACAAGUCGUGAAUGAAAUACCAGAACAUCACAGGAAUGUCUUCUACUAUUUAAUCGCAUUUUUUAGGGAACUCUUAAGGCAUUCAAAUAGCAAUAAACUGGACGUUAAACUAUUGGCGUCAAUUUUUGGUUCCGUUUUAUUGAGAUCUCCCGAGAGCUCAGCCUUUAACGAGAGGAAUAGCAUUAUUCAUCCAAACUUCACACAAAGCACUGAUAAUAACAGUUCUUUCAGAUCCCAUCUGCCGUCACAUCACCGCCAAAGGGAUGCCUUUGUUUUCCAUUUCUUAGUCAAUGAUUUCGAUAUUUAAUUGUUUUUAGUGUUUUUAGUUUUAUUUGAUUUCAC